AUGAGGCUCACACCACGCCAAGGCGCGCCGCCUCCGGAGCCGAUCGAGUUCACCCGCGAGGACGCCGCGCUGGCGCUCAUUGGCCUGUUCCCAAUCGCUGCGAUUGCGUGGGCUGUGCUGGCUCAAUCAAAGUAUGUCGCGGCGCUCGCUCAGCUUGGCUCGCUCUUCGAGCGAGAGGAAAGCCACGGCCUUGCGACGAACCAGCGCGCGAGCGCGGCCGAGAAGCAGAAGGACAAGGCACUACACAAGGCCAGACUGGCGGUGAAGAGCGCCGACAAGGCGUUCUACGUCCUCGGCGUGCUCAACGUCGCCAUCACAGCAUACAUCGCCGGCGCCGCUCCUCGGCACUACUACCUCUGGCACACGCCAAAGGCGCUGGUGCUCGUCGCGGUGCGCUGGUACACCUUUUUGCAGCAGGGGAAGCACUGGCUCCUCGCCGAUUUCUGUUACUGGGCGAAUUUGAUCGGGCUGUUGUACUUGUGGAGGUACCGGGAGAGCGCGCUCCUCUUCCAGGUCUUCUUCAUGGUGUCAAACGGCCCGGUGGCGUGGAGCGUGCUCGCCUUCAGCCAGUCGCUCAUCUUCCACUCGCACGCCCACAUGACCUCGGUGUGCGAUCCCGAGUGCGGCCGGAACCCGCUCCUGCUGCUGGCUGACGGGACGAGGUACUUUUACCUCCCCUGGAUCCUCGGCUACUACCUCCUCGUCUUCAUCGUCCUCGGCGACUUUCUCAAGCGGAACGCCUACCAGACGCUCUUCGACCGCGUAACGACCACGGGGCCGAGCGCAAAGGUGCUCACCGCUCUCUUCAGGAGGUUCGGCGUGACGGGUGACCUCGCCCAGCGCGCCGUCUACAUGCUGAUGCACCUCAUCUUUGGGGUCGUGACAAUGGGACUCGCCACAAUCUACUGGCACUCGUUCGUCGCCCACACCGCCUUCCUCCUCACCAUCCUGACCGCCUCGAUCUACAACGCCGCCGGGUACUACUUCACCGUCUUCUCGCAGCGGUACGAGAAGGGCGUGGACGAGCAGAUCAAGCAGGCGCAGCUUGAGCCGCCGAAGGGGUGCUGAUGGAAAGCUCUGAGCGGCACGGGCUUGCGGUGUCAGAGAGCCGGUCUUCGCCCUGGGUUGCGGUUCGCAUGCGUGCGUGAAAAUACGCGCGGCGGCCUUGUUAUCUGUUUACUGUUUUGUGAUGUGAAGUGUCACUUGCCCAAGUGUAAUGACUGAUGUGUGUGUGUGUGUGUGUGUGUGUGUGUGUGUGUGUAGGGUGUAGCGACGCGGAGUGUGCAAUGCCCAUGGUUUUACUGAUAACACGACCGUA